AUGCCCCUUUCAGCCAUCAUCAAUGCCCCCUUUCAGCCGUCAUCAAUGCCCCCUUUCAGCCGUCAUCAAUGCCCCCUUUCAGCCAUCAUCAAUGCCCCCUUUCAGCCGUCAUCAAUGCCCCUUUCAGCCGUCAUCAAUGCCCCGUUCAGCCGUCAUCAAUGCCCCGUUCAGCCGUCAUCAAUGCCCCGUUCAGCCGUCAUCAAUGCCCCCGUUCAGCCGUCAUCAAUGCCCCUUUCAGCCAUCAUCAAUGCCCCCUUUCAGCCGUCAUCAAUGCCCCCUUUCAGCCGUCAUCAAUGCCCCCUUUCAGCCAUCAUCAAUGCCCCCUUUCAGCCGUCAUCAAUGCCCCUUUCAGCCGUCAUCAAUGCCCCGUUCAGCCGUCAUCAAUGCCCCGUUCAGCCGUCAUCAAUGCCCCGUUCAGCCGUCAUCAAUGCCCCCGUUCAGCCGUCAUCAAUGCCCCUUUCAGCCAUUAUCAAUGCCCCCUUUCAGCCGUCAUCAAUGCCCCCUUUCAGCCGUCAUCAAUGCCCCUUUCAGCCAUCAUCAAUGCCCCCUUUCAGCCAUCAUCAAUGCCCCCUUUCAGCCGUCAUCAAUGCCCCCUUUCAGCCGUCAUCAAUGCCCCCUUUCAGCCGUCAUCAAUGCCCCGUUCAGCCGUCAUCAAUGCCCCGUUCAGCCGUCAUCAAUGCCCCGUUCAGCCGUCAUCAAUGCCCCCGUUCAGCCGUCAUCAAUGCCCCGUUCAGCCGUCAUCAAUGCCCCGUUCAGCCGUCAUCAAUGCCCCCGUUCAGCCGUCAUCAAUGCCCCGUUCAGCCGUCAUCAAUGCCCCGUUCAGCCGUCAUCAAUGCCCCGUUCAGCCGUCAUCAAUGCCUACA